AUGCAACUCUCAGCUGCUAUCCUCACUACCAUCCUGACCACCAUGGUCUCGGCUCAAUCCCUUAAACUUCCCACCCGUGUUGGAUCCAUCGUCUCUCUAUCUACUCCUAUGACCGUCACAGGUACUCUAGACCUGGGCAACCGGGAGUACGAUCGUGGACGUCCUUGCGACUCCGACGACGACACCGGAUCUUCCUCCGCUGUUUUCAUCCUCGCCGACGGCGCUACCCUCUCCAACGUCAUCAUCGGUGCUAACCAACUCGAGGGCGUGCACUGCAAAGGUGCCUGCACCCUUAAGAACGUCUGGUUCCGUUCAGUCUGCGAAGACGCCAUCUCUCUUUUGGGGACUGGAGAUGUCCUAAUUCAAGGUGGUGGAGCCCAGAACGCCCAGGACAAGGUCAUCCAGCACAACGGAAAGGGAACGGUCACCGUCAAAGACUACACCGUCGUAUCUGUCGGCACGGUCUUCCGCUCAUGCGGCAACUGCUCCAAGCAACAGGGACCUCGCUCCGUCAUCAUCACGGGCCUGAAGGCUAACGGCGUCGCUGCCGAGAUUGCGGGCAUCAACUCCAACUACCAGGACACCAUGACCCUAUCCGGCUCGUGUGGUACCGGAGUUAAGCACAUCUGCCAGGAGUUCAGGGGCGUGCUCAAGUCCGAGGGCAUCGAGUCCCCGAAGUUGACCACAAAGGCCAACUGCCUGGGUGCCCAGGGCCGCCUCAACACUCUCCCUGUGUGCUAG